AUGUCUUCCAUUAUGUCCUCGGCCACUCUGCCCUUGACGCGUGCCUCGGUCGAAGCAGCUCAUGCGCUGAUCAAACCCCACAUCCAUACUACACCCGUCCUGACAAACACCACCCUCUCGACCCUCGCCUCGACGCCACAAGCGUCUGAUGCGCUCAAGGGGACCCCGUGGGAAGGGCAAGAACCUGCGAAACCGAACAUUAGAUUGUUCUUCAAGUGUGAGAAUUUCCAGAGAAUAGGAGCGUUCAAAGUGCGGGGGGCGUUUCAUGCGGUGCUGCGGUUGAUUGAAGAGAGGGGCAUUGAAGAAGUGCGGAAGAAGGGGGUGGUUACGCAUAGCAGUGGCAACCAUGCGCAAGCUCUCGCUCUCGCUGCGAAGACCUUUGACAUCCCCGCCCACAUUGUCAUGCCCACCAUUAGCACACCCUCCAAGAUCGCCGGAACCCGAGCCCAAGGCGCAAUCGUCCACUUCAGCGGCUCGACUUCCCAAGAGCGCGAAGCUGUUGUCGCAGAGGUGAUCGCAACCACGGGCGCAACACUAAUCUCGCCCUACGACCACCCAAACAUUAUCCUAGGCCAAGGCACCAUGGCGCUCGAACUCCAAUAUGAGGUCGAUGAGUUACUUCAUCAAACACCAGGACUAGGCAUACAUGGGGCCUCUCGCCACGGCCUCGACGCCGUCAUCGCGCCCUGCGGCGGCGGCGGCAUGCUCAGCGGAAUCGGCGUCGCACUGCACAACAGCGGCGUGCGCGUCUUUGGCGCUGAACCCAGUUACCAAGGCGGCGACGACGCACGACGCGGCGUUGAAUCUGGGACGCGCAUCACGAGCGUGAAAACGCUGACGAUUGCCGACGGGCUGCGCACGCCGCUCGGUGACUACACCUGGAAUGUUAUCUCCAACAAGGCCUAUGUUGCCGAACUAUACGCCGUCACGGAGCAGAAUAUCAAGGAUGCAAUGAGGCUGGUCCUUGAACGAAUGAAGUGUUUUGUUGAACCGAGUGCAGUGGUCGGGGUGGCGACUGUGCUGUAUAAUGAGGAGUUCAGACGCAUGGUGGAGAGGGAAGCUGGGGCAGAAGGGUGGAAUAUUGGGGUUGUGUUUAGUGGGGGGAAUACGACUAUUGAUGCUAUCAUGGAAAUAUUUGCAGAGCAUGGAGCGGGCACGGAAGGUGAGAGGGCGGAAGGGGUGGUGGGCUUGGACGGGAAGAAUAAGGUCGAGAAUGUUGCUGGUUGA